CAUAAUAUUAAAUAUAAAAAUAGUUCUAGCACAAAUUUUUCUAACUCCAUCUCCUAAUGAAAGUGUUUCAUCCGAAUCUGUGACCAUUAGCCUAGAAGACAUAAAUCUUAUUUUACAAGGAGACAUUGAAAAUAUUCAAAAAAGAUUGGAUUAUUUAAUGAAACAUGAUGCAGAAAAGUACAACAAAUUGCUAAAAUUUAUAAAUGAAAAUCGAGCAAGAUUGGAAAUUCUAAAUAGAUACACAUUGGCAACAAAAUGUGGAGAAGCAAUUGCUAAAGGCGAAUUUUCCAGGGCUGCUGAUAUUUUAAAAUCAGUUUUACAAUCGAAUUAUGAUGAAGUAAUUCAUGAGGCAUAUGGGAAUAGCUCACAAAAUUUUGGUACAAUUUUAAAUUUUGCGAAUUAUGUUUACAAUGAGGAUGGGAAUAAAGCAUUAUUGUUAUAUCAAGAAUUGUUUGAGCAAUCUAAAUCAACUGCAAAUUCCGAUAGUUUCUUACAAAUGGCUACUUUCAUCUCGACUUGUUAUAAUUACUCGGAUUGGACAAAUCUGAAGACCAAAGUUUUGGAUCAAAUGAUUCAAAGCAAAACAGCCGAAAUGGCGAAUGUAACAAAUGAUACAUCAAAUGAUCAAAAAUUUCGUGACAGUUCUUAUAAUUUUUUUAGCCAAGUAUAUUCUUUGGAUCAUGAUGCAGGAUUCACACUUUUCACCAACAUUAUUCAACAGUUAUACAAAAAAAUUGGUACACUUUCUCUCAUAGAUUUUGUAAGUAACAACACAAACUUACCACUGAGCAUUCAUGGGUUAUUUGUAGUAAAUAAAUUAUUGCAAACCAAUAAUUACGAUGAUUUUUUCACUUUUGUGCAAUACAUCAAAAAAGUGUAUGAACGAUCCAAUUUUCAACCAGAUGAACAGGAAAAAGUUGUCAAACUAAUACAAAAACUUCCUUUUUCUAUCCAGGCUGCUGCAUAUACAGACACGUUUUGUAUACAAAACAAAUUAUCUGGUAAUUUUCUAAAAGUUUUCAAUAAUGCAGGAACCUGGAACGUUUAUCUUUCACCUGGUGGAACUGCCUACAAAAGUACAAAAUGGGUUCUCAAGAAAUUUCAAUUUUUUUAUAUAAUGUCUCAGAGAUCUUUUUUCCCAGAAUGGUACAUCGAAAGCAAAUUAAAUGUUGAAUCCCAAAGGAACUUCCAAAUAUGGGUAACAUUUGAGGUGGAUUUGAUAAAUAAUUUUGUGUAUUUAAAUAGUGCUGGUUUGGGAUAUGUAACAGAUUCUGAAGGAAUGAUGUCUUUUGAUAAACAGCCUAGUGAAUUUUCACAGUGGAUUUUACAAAGAUGUUGAAUUCUAGAGAUUCUAAAAGUGUGAGUGGUAUAAGAUGUAUGGUGCCAAAAAUGCACAGGAGGGCAUAACGAAAAUCUAGUUCUAUAGCUGAAGGUACUGAUGAACACCACGAUCACCACCACGAAGGCGAACACCAUGAAGUAACUUGCGGAGAACACGAAACUUGAAGGAUUGCGCGUCACCAUGUGUCACCACCUGCGAAAACUACGGAACCCCACAUUUCUGUGCACCAAAAUGCGACACCAAGACCUGCGUCUGCGAUGAGGGUUACGUAAGACUCACCAAGGAAGGAAAAUGCGUUUUGCCUACUGAAUGCCCCAAGAAGGAAUAGAGGGAUUAAGCAGUAUUUUUUUAUAUUCAAAACAAGGAAAACAAAAUAAAUUUGCAAUUUUUAUUUAAA